AUGAAAGAAAGAAAAUACAGCACAAAAACCUGGAAUGAACACCCAUUACACCCCAAAGUAGCAGAUUGUCGAACAGUUGACUGGAUUUUCUUGAUUGAUUUGCUCAAUUUCUCUUUUUGGAGUGAUUUGGAUGCUUCAGACAAAAGUGUGCCCCAUCCAGACCGUUAUGCUAUCAAGUACGAUGGGAUUGCUUACACAGGAUACUGGUCUUUAUGCGCUGUUGUCAAUAGAGCUCUCGACAAUGGUAUUCCAAUCACGAAUCCCACUUAUUAUGGCAGUAAGGCAACCGACGAAGAGCUUGAGGCUAUUUUUAAAUCAGACACAAAGGAAUCUGCCCCCAUGCUGUCUGAAAGAAUUAGAGUGAUGAGAGAAGCUGGACAAGUUUUGUGUGAUAAAUUCGAAGGAUCUUUUAUCAAUUGUAUAAAUCAAGCAGAUAACUCGGCAUCUAAGCUUUUGGAUAUCAUUAUCGAAAACUUUCCUUGCUUCAACGAUGUUCAUGAUUUUCAUGGUAGAAAAGUUUAUAUUUUGAAGCGUGCGCAGAUUUUGAUAGCGGACUUAUGGGCAUGUUUCGAUGGUCAAAGCUUUGGUCGAUUCGACGAUAUUGAUUCGAUUACAAUGUUUGCUGAUUACAGGGUUCCCCAGGCAUUAUACCAAUUAGGUUUACUUAGAUAUUCACCAGAGUUAAUCAAGAAAUUAGAAAACAGGGAAUAUUUUCCCUCAGGCUCAGAGGAUGAAGUUGAAAUUAGAGGAAAUUCCAUUUGGGCAGUAGAAUUAGCCCGUGAGAGAAUCGAAAAAAUUGACCCAAAUCUCAAAAUCAAUGCCAUCUUGAUUGAUUUUUAUAUUUGGGAUAUGGCUAAAGAAAUUCAAGAUCAAAUGACUGUCCCCACACAUUGCACAAGAAGUUGUUUCUACUGA